UGUCAGUCCGUCAGUGUAAAUGCGACUGUUUACAGAAAUCCUAGAAUAAAAACAGUUUCAAAAAGCUUUAAAAAGAAAAGCUAAAAUGGACAAUUGUGAUUUGGAGAAGCUUGCAAUUUCGGGACAGACGUUGCAGCCUGCGUUCAAAGCAGAUGUAACAACUUAUAAAGUUACUGUUGCAAGCGAUGUCGACCAGGUUACAUUGGACCUGCUCACAAGUGACUGCGGAGCCAGUUAUAAAAUCCGUUGUGGUGAUGGCUCAAAGUCCAUCAAACUGAAUGAUGGAUUGAAUUUGGUUGAAAUAGAGGUGGGAGCCGAGGACGGCACCUCCAAAAAAUAUUGCAUUGAGGUCACCAAACUGUCUGCGAGGACUGCAGAGUUGAGUGACCUUACAAUUGAAGGAAAUGUUCAAUUACAACCUACAUUUUCGGCAAACAUCUAUGAUUACUCAAGCACAGUUCCUUUCUACUGUAAUUCGGUGACCAUACUGCCCAAAGUUCCUGAUAAAAACAUGAAAGUUUCAGUGAAUGAAGAAAGUGAUUCCCAACCUUCUCCAUUGACUGUUGGAGAAACUGUCGUCAGUAUCAAGGUCUUGUCAGCAGAUGGCAGCAAUUCUCAGAUGUACUAUGUGUUGGUGAUGCGAGAGCAGAUUCCCAUGGCUGUGUCUUUCAGUGAUGUGAAAGAGCAGGUCUCCUAUGAGUGCCCUGUCACUCUGACGGCCCUCUACAGACCCAUAUCCAUCAACCAGAGUGAUCCACAGCACCUGUUCUCAGCCCCCUACAUUGACAUGCUGGCGAGAAGGUCGAAGGUCGACCCGCUAAACGAGUGUCCCCUCGGAGACAGCUGGAAGGUUCUGGAACACGACCUGGAUAAGACCAUGUCUUCUGCGCUGGUCAAGUGCUUCUUUGCAUACCGAGGAUGUGAGAGUGUGGUGAAACUGGCUGAAGUGGGGUCACAUGCACUGGAGUGUCCACACAAACCCUCAACGGACCUGGACCCAAAGGACGUCACUGAGACGAGCUGGUACAAAAAGCAUUUUGCAUCCUCGACCUGCUUGGAGAUAGAAACCAAACACACUUUGGAGGUGCGUAACUGGGAGAAGAGACUACAAAAGGCAAUAGGACAGGAUAGUGUCGAUAAUCUGUGUGCCCUGGCCCAGGACAAUCUGAAACUCUACAGAGAGCGUCUGCCCAAACCAGGUGACCUGCUGCAGUAUGAGAAUGGUCAGUCUCCUCUGGACUGUCUGGAGCAGGCUGCAGUCUAUUAUGCCUCAGCCAUCAAGCUGAAGCCCCGAGACCCCAGACUCCACUUCCUCCUGGGGCUGGCCCUGGAGGAGCAACACUAUGCAGCAGAGAUGUACGGACUGAGGAGGAAAUCUGAUGGGGACGUUGAGGACCUGAGCAGUGCCAAGUCCACGGCGUGUCAGGAUGACAUCCUGGCUGUGUGUAAGCUGCAUGGCUUCCCUGGCACGCCUACCAUGGAGAACCAGCUCCAGGCCCUGGACACAGAGUACCACCAGCUGAAAGAGCAGGGCCAGUCAGGCAAAGCAGACUACAUUCAGACCCUGUUCAUCUUCCUCUCCAAGAAGGCAGGCAAGGAUGGCAGUGCGGGCGUGGGGGACGAAGAGAGCUGUAUCCACCGGGCCCUUCUGAAGUACCUGGAUGCCUGGUCGCUGAACCAGGACUUCUGGGAGUACAACCUCCACGUGGGGCGUAUGCUGCUGUUGCAGAAGAGGAACAAGGAGGCACUGCAGCACCUGCAGACCGGACUGGCCCUGCGGCCCUCACAGCCAGCACUUAGGUUCUUCACAGGUCUUGCUCUACUGCUACAGGAGGAAGCCUCAGAGGCUGUGGAGAAGGAGGCAGGCCUGUUUUUACAACAAGGCCUGGAGCAUGUUAUAGCACAGUCCUGCAACAUGGAGAACAACUACAGUGGUUUGGAGCCGAGCGUGACAGACCCCCUGUCCAGUGUGAGAACACAGUUCCUGCGUGGCUGCCUCACCCUAGGUGCCCUCCAACAGAAGAACACUCUCUCUCAGAAGCCAAUGAGCUCUGAGCAGGUCUAUCACACUGUUGUGGUGCUGGCAGCCCGCGGUGUGUGUCGGUGCGUGUGUCGGGACGAGGUGGCCCAGCAGCUGGAGUGGGUGUUGCUAGAUGCCCACUUUGCCCUCCUCCAGAGCCUUAUUCAGCAAAAGAAGGCUGCUGGGUUGACCCAGGGUCAGGGUCAGGGUCAGGGUCAGGGUCAGGGCAAGCAGGGAGAGACAGAGAGACAGGCCUGGGUGGCCAAGAGGUGUCAGGCUCUCACAGGUCUGAUCCGCCUCACCUCUAUCCCCGCCUGCAGGGAGCUGAUGGACAUGCAGGAGAAGGUCUGCCAGGUUGCCGUGGUGACGACUCCUCGUGACAGCCAUGCGCUGUGUCUCCUGGGGCUGGCCCAGCUGGCUCAGUGUGACAACGACCACAGCUCCCAGAGGUUAGAAGGAGCCAUUGCCAACGCCUGCCUCAGCUUCCAGGCAAGCAUCGAACUGGAGGACAAGCCUCAGAGCGGAGAGCCACCCACACAGCUCACCAAGCAGCAGUGGUGGCAGGACAGGCUGGCAGCAGACAAGGAGAAGGCAGUCAAGGGGACAGCCAGCCAGGGAGCGGGUGGGGGUGGCUCUGGGCCUCCUGACACUGCAGUGGCUGCCGGGAGAGGAUGUGGGCGUGGCAUGGGAGGUCCUGCUAGAGGGGGUACUGCGGCUGCAGCCAAGACCCCCACGAGAGGAGGCAAGACUGCCCCUCCAGCCAAAAACACCCCUUCUACUGCCCCUCCAGCCAAAAACACCCCCUCUACUGCCCCUUCAGCCAAAAACACCCCCUCUACUGCCUCUCCAGCCAAACACACCCCCUCUACUGCCCCUCCAGCCAAAAACACCCCCUCUACUGCCCCUCCAGCCACCGUCUCUCCAUCCAGCAGGGGGCAAGUUGGAGCAGCCAAAACUCCUGGCCCUGCCAAGCCCAGCAGCUCCAAGACCCAGCUCAUCUCCCCCAGCAAGUCUAAACCAGACUGCUCCCCAAGCCCAGCCAAACCUGGGCCCACAGAAGAGUCAGCUGUGGCAGAGAGUAGCAACGUUCUCCCCAAAGCUCUGUUGAACCGUCGAUCCCAUGCCCCUCGCCUCGGCUUGGCCCGCGCCCUCUCCCGCUCCGCAGACAGCCACCACCAGGCACACCAGCUCUACCAGGAGGUCAUCACCAUGGCACCAGAGGUCCACGAUGCGUACAUUGAGCUGGCAGAGAUGCUGGGGCAGUCCGACCCCCUGGCUGCUGUAGAGGUGUACUGUCGGUUCCCCCUGAAGCCCGUCUCAGAGCAGAACUUUGACGACGCCUUCAUCACCGGAGAGAUCGUACGCAUCCUGAUGAAACAAGGCCUCUACGAGCACCCAGAGCUGAGACACAACCUCAUCGCCUACGGGAAAGUCAUGGGCCUGGGUUGCCUUGAGAAAUACAUCAACAUCCUCGAAGGGAAGUUCAUGAGCAGCCUUCUGAAGAGAGUGUAUGCUGGGAUCCAUGACAAAUCAGUGGAAGACAAGGAUCUGCAGGACUUCUUCAAGUUCAAGUGCUGGAUAUGAACUUUCCUUUCAUAAAUAGACUGGCUGUUUAUUCCUUGAUCAAUGUAUGAAUGUAUCUCUUUAGACCAAUCGGCUAGUCACAUCAUCUUUAGACCAAUCGGCUAGUCACCAAUCGGCUAGUCACAUCAUCUUUAGACCAAUCGGCUAGUCACAUCAUCUUUAGACCAAUUGGCUAGUCACAUCAUCUUUAGACCAAUCGGCUAGUCACCAAUCGGCUAGUCACAUCAUCUUUAGACCAAUCGGCUAGUCACAUCAUCUUUAGACCAAUCGGCUAGUCACAUCAUCUUUAGACCAAUCGGCUAGUCACAUCAUCUUUAGACCAAUCGACUAGUCACAUCAUCUUUAGACCAAUCGGCUAGUCACAUCAUUUUUAGACCAAUCGGCUAGUCACAUCCUCUUUAGACCAAUCGGCUAGUCACAUCCUCUUUAGACCAAUCGGCUAGUCACAUCCUCUUUAGACCAAUCGGCUAGUCACAUCCUCUUUAGACCAAUCGGCUAGUCACAUCCUCUUUAGACCAAUCGGCUAGUCACAUCCUCUUUAGACCAAUCGGCUAGUCACAUCCUCUUUAGACCAAUCGGCUAGUCACCAAUCGGCUAGUCACAUCAUCUUUAGACCAAGCAGCUAGUCACAUCAUCUUUAGACCAAUCGGCUAGUCACCAAUCGGCUAGUCACAUCAUCUUUAGACCAAUCGGCUAGUCACAUCAUCUUUAGACCAAUCGGCUAGUCACAUCAUCUUUAGACCAAUCGGCUAGUCACAUCAUCUUUAGACCAAUCGACUAGUCACAUCAUCUUUAGACCAAUAGGCUAGUCACAUCAUCUUUAGACCAAUUGGCUAGUCACAUCAUCUUUAGACCAAUCGACUAGUCACAUCAUCUUUAGACCAAUCGGCUAGUCACAUCAUUUUUAGACCAAUCGGCUAGUCACAUCCUCUUUAGACCAAUCGGCUAGUCACAUCCUCUUUAGACCAAUCGGCUAGUCACAUCCUCUUUAGACCAAUCGGCUAGUCACAUCCUCUUUAGACCAAUCGGCUAGUCACAUCCUCUUUAGACCAAUCGGCUAGUCGACAGAGUGAAACAUAUGUCGUUGUACCCUUGAGCAAGGCAGUUAAACCCCCCCCCACCGCCCCCCGACACACACACCAACAGCUUCCCAGGCGACCAAUCUGGCAGCACCUCUCCGAUUCAGACGGGUUGAGAGCAGAAGUCAAGUUUCGGUUGGACCUUGUGUAAGUAACGGUAAAAAAAAUGUAUGGAAUCCUUUAAAGAAUAUGAACUGUUACUAUUCCUUGGGUUCUGCCGACACUAGGAAAUAUCUUUCACUGCACAUGAGGUCAACGACCUGUUAAAAUACCAAAUUCAAAAUAAGACAAUACUUUGAUCGUUUUCUCAAAAAGGCCAUUUAAAUCUGGACCACUUCAUCCCCAGUACUGUUUUAUAACAGUCACAGUGAGAACAGCAGUAGACUGUUUUAUAACAGUCACAGUGAGAACAGCAGUAGACUGUUAUAUAACAAAGUCACAGUAAUAACAGCAGUAGACUGUUUUAUAACACAGUCACAGUAAUAACAGCAGUAGACUGUUUUAUAACACAGUCACAGUAAUAACAGCAGUAGACUGUUUUAUAACACAGUCACAGUAAUAACAGCAGUAGACUGUUAUAUAACACAUUCACAGUGAGAACAGCAGUAGACUGUUAUAUAACACAGUCACAGUAAUAACAGCAGUAGACUGUUAUAUAACACAGUCACAGUGAGAACAGCAGUAGACUGUUAUAUAACACAGUCACAGUAAUAACAGCAGUAGACUGUUAUAUAACACAGUCACAGUAAUAACAGCAGUAGACUGUUAUAUAACAAAGUCACAGUAAUAACAGCAGUAGACUGUUAUAUAACACAGUCACAGUAAUAACAGCAGUAGACUGUUAUAUAACACAGUCACAGUGAGAACAGCAGUAGACUGUUUUAUAACACAGUCACAGUAAUAACAGCAGUAGACUGUUUUAUAACACAGUCACAGUAAUAACAGCAGUAGACUGUUAUAUAACACAGUCACAGUAAUAACAGCAGUAGACUGUUUUAUAACACAGUCACAGUGAGAACAGCAGUAGACUGUUAUAUAACACAGUCACAGUAAUAACAGCAGUAGACUGUUUUAUAACAGUCAUAGUGAGAACAGCAGUAGACUGUUAUAUAACACAGUCACAGUAAUAACAGCAGUAGACUGUUAUAUAACACAGUCACAGUGAGAACAGAAGUAGACUGUUAUAUAACACAGUCACAGUGAGAACAGCAGUAGACUGUUAUAUAACACAGUCACAGUGAGAACAGCAGUAGACUGUUUUAUAACACAGUCACAGUAAUAACAGCAGUAGACUGUUUUAUAACACAGUCACAGUAAUAACAGCAGUAGACUGUUAUAUAACACAGUCACAGUGAGAACAGCAGUAGACUGUUAUAUAACAAAGUCACAGUAAUAACAGCAGUAGACUGUUUUAUAACACAGUCACAGUGAGAACAGCAGUAGACUGUUAUAUAACACAGUCACAGUAAUAACAGCAGUAGACUGUUUUAUAACACAGUCACAGUAAUAACAGCAGUAGACUGUUAUAUAACACAGUCACAGUGAGAACAGCAAUAGACUGUUAUAUAACAAAGUCACAGUAAUAACAGCAGUAGACUGUUAUAUAACACAGUCACAGUAAUAACAGCAGUAGACUGUUAUAUAACACAGUCACAGUAAUAACAGCAGUAGACUGUUAUAUAACACAGUCACAGUGAGAACAGCAGUAGACUGUUAUAUAACACAGUCACAGUAAUAACAGCAGUAGACUGUUUUAUAACACAGUCACAGUAAUAACAGCAGUAGACUGUUUUAUAACACAGUCACAGUGAGAACAGCAGUAGACUGUUAUAUAACACAGUCACAGUAAUAACAGCAGUAGACUGUUUUAUAACACAGUCACAGUAAUAACAGCAGUAGACUGUUAUAUAACACAGUCACAGUGAGAACAGCAGUAGACUGUUAUAUAACAAAGUCACAGUAAUAACAGCAGUAGACUGUUAUAUAACACAGUCGCAGUAAUAACAGCAGUAGACUGUUAUAUAACAAAGUCACAGUAAUAACAGCAGUAGACUGUUUUAUAACACAGUCACAGUAAUAACAGCAGUAGACUGUUUUAUAACACAGUCACAGUAAUAACAGCAGUAGACUGUUAUAUAACACAGUCACAGUAAUAACAGCAGUAGACUGUUUUAUAACAGUGAGAACAGUGAGAACAGCAGUAGACUGUUAUAUAACACAGUCACAGUGAGAACAGCAGUAGACUGUUAUAUAACACAGUCACAGUAAUAACAGCAGUAGACUGUUAUAUAACACAGUCACAGUAAUAACAGCAGUAGACUGUUAUAUAACACAGUCACAGUAAUAACAGCAGUUGACUGUUAUAUAACACAGCCACAGUGAGAACAGAAGAACAGUGAGAAUUCUUUUUCAUGCCAGGAGAGGUACCGGAUUCUGGUAAAUGGGUUCCGGAACAAAACAGUCCAAAACUGAGAAGUGCCAGAUUCUGUUCCGGAAGGAUCUGGCUCAAAUUAAGCACUGCGCAUAACUCAGACUUUCACAUACAGUGAGUGCAUCAUGCACUGACACCAAUUAUUGUCACGUGUGCUCCCUCUCUGGCCUCUAGGUCACCAGGCUGCUCGUUAUGGCGCACCUGCGUGUCCUCAGACUCACCUGGGCUCCAUCACUUCCUGAUUACCUGCGCUAUACUGUAUAUGUCACUCCCUUUGGUUCCUUCCCUAUAUAUGUCCCUCCCUUUGGUUCCUUCCCUAUAUAUGUCUCUCCCUUUGGUUCCUUCCCUAUAUAU